UAUACACACACGAGAGCAGAGCUAUGAAGAUCGACUUGCACACGCAUAUUUUGCCAGAGACUUGGCCUGACUUGAAAGAGCGUUAUGGAUACGGUGGCUGGAUUCAACUUCAUCACAAAUGUGAGGGAAAAGCUAACAUGAUGAAAGAUGGCAACCUGUUUCGAGUCAUUGAUGAGAACUGCUGGUCACCUGAGGCAAGGAUCAAGGACAUGGAUGCCACAGGUGUUACUGUACAAGUCUUGUCUACUGUUCCUGUCAUGUUCAGCUACUGGGCAAAGCCAGAGGAUACUGCGGAUCUCUGUCAGAUUCUUAACAAUGAUUUGGCCAAAACUGUGAAUAAAUAUCCAGACCGCUUUGUUGGACUCUGUACUCUUCCUCUUCAGGCUCCCGAUCUUGCAGUCCAGGAACUUAUCCGUUGCAAAACAGAACUAGGAUUCAAAGGUGUACAGAUUGGAUCCCAUGUCAAUGAAUGGAACCUUGAUGCCAAGGAAUUAAGACCGGUAUUUGCGGCUGCAGAGGAACAUGACAUAGCCAUCUUCGUUCAUCCGUGGGACAUGGAAUUGUCGGGACGCAUGAGCAAAUAUUGGUUACCAUGGCUUGUGGGAAUGCCUGCAGAGACAGCUACUGCGAUAUGUUGUAUGUUGAUGGGCGGUGUCCUAGAACAAUUUCCUGGACUAAAAGUCUGCUUCGCCCAUGGAGGUGGAUCCUUCCCCUAUACUGUUGGAAGGGUAGAACAUGGUUAUAAUGUCCGUCCUGAUCUGUGUGCUACGGACUGUAAAGUGGGACCACGGAAUUACCUCGGAAAGUUCUACACUGAUGGAUUGGUUCAUGAUUCUGAGGCUCUCAAACUAUUAGUCAAUGUGAUAGGGGAGGAUAAAGUGAUGUUGGGAUCAGACUACCCUUUUCCUCUGGGCGAGCACCAUCCUGGCAAGUUGAUUGAGGAAAUGAAAUUUGAUGAUACAAUCAAGGAUAAGCUGUUGGCGGGGAAUGCUUGUGAAUUUCUUGGUCUUGACCGAAAGAAAUAUGAUCCAACAACAAGAUAGACACUGCUAGUUGAAGACUGACAAGAUUUCACCCCAGGUUGAAAAAAAACAUACUUUUAAGUUUUAGUUGAAAGAUUAUUACAAUAUGUUUUCAAUUUUAUUUGUGUAUGUAGUAUUUACAUUAGUAACCUUAGCUAUUAACCUGUCUGGUGAAAUGUGUCUUAAAAAAAACAACAAAGAAAUCAAAUUGAUAUGCAAAAUGAGAUUCCUUAAAGUGCCAUUUUGUUUUCAGGUCACCUGAGACGAAGUCUGAAAUGACCUAUUCUAACCUAUUCUGUCGGCAUGCAUUGUGCGUCAGUAAACAAUUUACAUUUUCAACUUCUUCUCUAAAACCGCUGAAACAAAUUCAGUGAAAUUUGGUUGGAAGCUUUCAUGGCCAAAGGUCAACUAAAAUUACGAAUUAUAAGGUCCUUUACCACAAUUAUGAAUUUCAUGACCUUGCCCCAGGGGAGGGGAUCAAGUUUACUAUAGUUUAUAUAGGGAAAUCACAUCUUUGAGCAUUGUUUGUUCCAGUUGCCAUUGGAAAUAAUACAAACUUGGUUAGAAUUAUCAAUAUGGGAUACUUGUUAUAAACUACUUCUAUAUUGGCACUGACUGACCCCCAGGGAUUCAUGGGUGGGGCCAAAAAGAGUCAAUUGUAUUAACUAAGAUAUAAAUAUUUCAAAACUCAGGUGUCCGUUAAAGCCCAUGGAACUCUUGAUUGGGUGUUACAAGAAAUUAAUCCUAGUCAGUAAGAAAAA